AUGGAAGUGGAAGGGCCUCUUGAUGAUGGAUAUAGUUGGAGAAAAUAUGGCCAAAAAAGCAUACAUGGAACCAAGUAUCCAAGAUGCGCCCAGAGAAAUGUUCAAGGCUGCAUGGCCACAAAGCAGGUGCAAAGAUCUGAGCAAGACCCAACUGUCAUUGUAAUCAAUUACCGUGGAAAUCACACCUGCAUAAUGGUUUCCUCUGCGGUUCUUCCAUCUGGUUCCCAGGAAAACAAAGAACCAAAUUUGAGCAUAAUUCCACAGCAGCAAAGUGCUGAGCAGAAACCAAGUGAUCUACUUAUGAACCUCCGCGCAGGACUGAGAGUCCUAACUGAGAAUCUGGACCAACCAUCACUUGCUUCAUCGUUCCACUAUUUCCCUUCAACUUCAACUGAAAAAAUGGAAGAUCAAGUUUUCUCUUCCAUAAUGAUUGACAACAACUUUGCAGAAAAUCUCACUUGUCCUUCUUAUGUGUCCCCUGCCGCAUCUGACACAACCUACCUUUCGGCUUCUCCAAGCGGAGGAAACAGCUUUAGAGGGCAUCCAAAUGUGGCAAGUUUUGGAACUGAGAUCAAUGACAUGAUUUCACCCGUUACAUCUGCUGCUAAUUCUCCAACAUUUGCAAGCUUGAACUUCCCAUUUGAUCAGUUUCAUAUAUUAGAUAGCCAAAACUUCACCUUUCAUAACCCACCAUUCCCCUAA